AUGCACCACGACCAGCUAUUCACGGCCUCGGCUGCUGGACUAGCUGUUGCAGCUAUAACCACACUUCCUGCCUUGUCCGCAAUCGUCUCUCAGAUCCGAUCCCGUGCUCCCAAGGACAAUUUCUACCACGACCACGAUGGCGUCGCUACCCCCGAGUCCAUCGCUUCCUUUUCCAACAAGGCCAGCAAGUUCGCAGUGACAUUUCUCGCCGCCUCCACCGCCGCACUGUCAAUUGCUCUCGCUAUCCUCAAUACUACUGUUCCUUCUCACGGAAGCUUGUUCUGGUCCACCUGGCUCACAACCGCUGCUUGGAUUCUCAUCCUGUUGCAAGCUACGUGUAUGUGCGCUCACCACAACUUCAUCAAAGUCUAUGACAUCGGCCUCGGUAUCUUCCUCGGCUCCCUCGUCAAUAUUAUUGUCGGAACCGUCCAGGCCAACCAUGUCGGUCAAUACCAGUCUCUCCACAGCGACAUCACUCUCAUCCUGCGUAUCUGCACUCUCGCUUCUGCCGGGCUUCUCGCCAUCGCCUCCACACUUAUCCCCCGACGCCCCGACGUCUUUUACAAUGAUGAGCCUGUCGAUCGUAACUUUAGCGUUCAUGCCCUCAGUAGGUUCACCUGGGGCUGGGGCCGCAAGACUCUUGAUCUCGGAGGCAAAAAGGGCGACCUGAAACAGACCGACGUUCCUCGGCCCCCUAGCUACGCUCGAUCCAAGAAUCUCGUCGAGGCUUGGGAGAGCUUCAAAUUUGGUGCCGGCUUGCUUCGCAACCUCAUUCGCGUCUAUGGUUGGCGCUUCGCCGUCCAGUGGACUGGCACCCUUUUCCGUGUAGCCGUUGGCAUGAUUCCCUACAUCAUCCUCCUCAGGCUCAUCCAGAAGCUCGAAAAUACGCCUCGUGAUGAAAUGAAAUUUGCUGACUUUUGGCCUCACGUUGUUGGUCUCGGACUGUGCGGCAUCAGUGAGCAGUGGCUUGACGGCUAUUUGAAUUGGUAUGCCAUUGUUGGCAUGGGUAUCCCCAUGUCUGCCCAGCUUUCUGCCCUGGUCUUUGAAAAGUCUCUCCGACGCAAAAAUGUCAAGACUGCUGAGAAAAACCGCGACACCGACGAAGACGCCAACAAGGCUGGCGACGAUGACGCCAAAAAGGACGAUAAAGACAAGCAUGACAAGGAUGGCAAGGAUGGCAAGGACGAAACUGUUCUUCGCUCGCGACAGGCCAUUGUCAACCUCGUCGGUGUCGAUUCGAGACGCAUUGCCGAUUUCCUUGCUAUGCAUUUCAUCAUCAUCAACGCCAUUUCCAAGCUGAUUCUCUACUCCGUAUUCCUCAUUCAGCUCAUCGGCUACCAGCCAUACUUGGCCGGUGUCAUCGCAUGGGCUAUUGUCUUGCCAAUCAACAUGUACGCCUCCAAGAUUUAUCUCAAACAAGAGGACAAGCUCAUGAAGAUUCGUGACGAGAAGCUCGCCAUGAUCAAUGAAGCCCUCCUUGGCAUUCGACAGAUCAAGUUCUCCGCUCUUGAGAAAGAGUGGUCUGCUCGUAUCAUGGCCAAGCGUGGGAAGGAGCUCGGCACUAUCCGCUACAUCUUCGCCAUCGAUCUUAUUCUCUUUACCUGCUGGAUUGUCAGCCCCAUUCUGCUCGCUGUCGUCUCGUUAGCUGUCUAUGCUAUUCUGAACGGAUCCCUCAAGCCUUCUGUCGCUUUCGUCGCCAUUGGUAUCUUCAAGAGUCUUGAAAUGAGCCUUUCUGUCCUCCCCGAGUUUAUCGGUUAUGGCCUCGACACCCUCAUCUCGAUUCGCCGACUUGGAAAGUACCUCGAGGGCCCUGAGAUGACCGACAUCAUCACCCGCGGUCAUGAUGCUGCUCUCGACAAUGCGUCUAUCGCCUGGCCCGUUGACGACGAGGUUCCUGAAGACGAGCGAUUCGUCCUUCGCGACCUGAAUUUGUCAUUUCCCCAGGGUGAACUUUCUGUCGUCUCUGGAAAAACUGGCACCGGCAAGAGUCUCUUACUGUCCUCUCUCAUCGGUGAAGUUGAUCUCCUUGCUGGUAGGGUUAUCAUGCCAACUGUGCCUGCUUUGGCUGAGCGCAACGACGAUAAGGCGCACAAAGGCAAUUGGAUCCUUCCAGGCACUAUCGCGUACGUCAGCCAAAACCCCUGGCUUGAAAAUGCCACUCUCCGGGACAACAUCAUUUUCGGGUUGCCGUACGAUGAGGAGCGCUACAACACCGUGAUUGAAGUCUGUGCUCUGCGCAAGGAUCUUGACAUCCUUGAGGACGGCGACCAGACCGAGCUUGGCGCCAAUGGUAUUAAUUUGAGUGGUGGCCAGAAAUGGCGCGUGACUUUAGCUCGCUCGGUCUACUCGCGUGCCGAACUUCUGCUCCUGGACGACAUCUUCAGCGCUGUCGACGCGCACGUUGGCCGACAAAUCUUUGAGAAGUGCAUUGACGGCCCAAUUUGUCAAGGUCGUACCCGUAUUCUCGUCACUCACCAUGUUGCUCUUGUCGAGUCCAAGACCAAGUAUCUGGUUGAGCUUGGACAGGGCACUGUCCUUCACUCUGGUCUUACUAGUGAUCUAGCUGAAGACGGCACUCUCUCUAAAAUCCGCAGCCACACCCAAACCGAGGCUGAGAUCCAGGCUGACGAAGCUGCCAACGCCGAGACCAUGGUCAAUUCUGAAGAAGCCUCCGACGCUGAAAAUGAACUGCAAAAAGUCCCUUCCAAGGGUGCUAAGAAAUUUGUUGAAGACGAAAAAAUCGAAAAGGGGUCUGUUAAACAUCACGUUUAUGCUACUUACAUCAACGCCAGUGGUGGUCUUCCUUUCUGGAUCGCUUGUGGCUUCUUCUACAUUGCUUACGAAGCUGGGAAUGUUGGGCGCAACUGGUGGCUACAGAUCUGGACUGGAAGAAACGCCGACACACCUGGCAACAACUCAACCACGUCUCUUCAUACCUUCUCCUCGCACGGCACAGCUAGUAUGUUCUCACUGCAGCAUGGCAGCCUCCAUGCUUCCGCUGCACCUGUUCACGACAACGACCAGCACUUGAGCUUUUAUCUCGGUAUCUACGCCGCUAUUGCCUUGGCGAGCGGUAUCGUUGGCUCCUUGCGUAUGUUGUGGGCUUUUACCAUGAGUCUCAAGGCCAGCCAGAAGCUCUUUGAACAGAUUCUAUUCACUGUUGUCCGCACGCCCCUGAGGUGGCUCGAUACUGUUCCGGUUGGGCGAGUUCUUAACCGCAUGACUGCCGAUUUUGAUGUCAUCGAUACCCGCUUGAGCUUUAGUAUCAGUUUUUUCAUCGGCAGAUGUCUUGCUAUUGUCGCUGUCUGUGCCGCUUCGACUCUGGUCACUCCUCUUGUUCUGCCCCUCGCCCUACUGCUCAUUAUAAGCGCCGCUUUUAUCGGCAAAAAGUACAUGGAUGGUGCCCGACCUAUGAAACGUCUCGAAAGUAAUUCAAAGUCACCCGUCUUUGAGCUGUUCAACACUACCCUAUCUGGCGUUUCCACACUGCGUGCUUUCCAGAAGAACAAAGACUACAUCAAACGCAUGCACUACCAUCUUGACACCUGGAAUACCAACAAGGUUCACUUUUGGAUCUUCAACCGUUGGAUGGGUAUCAGAAUGGCUGCCAUCGGCACUGUAUUCACUACUUGCGUUGGUAUUGUCAUCAUUCUGACCAAGGCUAACGCUGCCAUGGCUGGUUUCGCCAUGUCCUUUGCGCUUGAUUUUGCCAACACCAUUCUUUUUGCCAUUCGAGCCUACGCUGGCUUGGAACUUGACAUGAACGCUGCUGAGCGCGUCGUGGAGUACUCUGAAUUGAAGAUGGAACAACAGGGCGGUGUAGAGCCCCCCGCUGCCUGGCCUACGCGCGGCACUAUUGAGAUGAAGGAUGUUGUUGUGGGUUAUGCAGAAGGUCUGCCUGCCGUUCUUAAGGGUGUUUCCUUUGCAGUCAAGAACAACGAGCGUGUUGGUGUUAUUGGUCGAACCGGUGCGGGAAAGUCUUCUAUGACCCUUGCUCUCUUCCGUUUCCUGGAAGCCCGUUCCGGCUCCAUCAUCAUUGACGACGUCGACAUUUCCAAGAUUGAUCUUCAUAGCUUGCGCUCGCGGCUUGCGAUCAUUCCACAAGACCCCGUUCUGUUCUCUGGAACUAUUCGUUCCAAUCUUGAUCCAUUCGAGACGUAUACGGACGAAGAGCUCCGGGAAUGUCUUCAACGUGUCCACCUCAUUGACUCGCAACCCGCUACCCCCGCCAACGAACCUGCGUCGUCGUCUAACUCUACCGUCGCCCCGCAAAAUACCAACAUCUUCCGGGACCUCAAUAGCGGCAUCUCCGAGUCCGGCGGCAACCUGUCCCAGGGCCAGCGCCAGUUGCUCUGCAUUGCUCGCGCUAUUGUCUCCCGCCCUAAGAUCAUGGUCCUCGACGAGGCCACGUCAGCCGUUGACAUGGCUACGGAUGCGCUGAUCCAGCGCAGUAUUCGCGAGGAAUUCGACAACAGCACCCUGCUCGUCAUUGCGCACCGUCUGAGCACCAUUGCUGACUUUGACAAGAUUCUUGUGCUCAGUGAAGGCACCGUAGCAGAGUACGGCAGCCCCAGAGAGCUUUGGGAGAGAGACGGCAGUAUCUUCCGCGACAUGUGCGAGCAUAGUGGCGAGAAGGACAAGCUAGAGGCUACCAUUGUUGGUAAGAAGUAA